AUGUCAUACAAGGCCUUUGAAGCAUGGGUGAAGACUCACAUGGGUGUUGACAUCACUGUCUUGAACACAGAUUGUGGCGGCGAGUACCUGAGCGAUGCAUUUGUCAGGCACCUCAAAGAGCAAGGCACGGAACAGAAGCUGUCCGUACAUGAUACUUACGGCGAGUCGGGUGUCUCGGAACAUUUAAAUCGCACUGUUGCUGAGAAAGGCCAUGCAAUGCUGAUUGCUGUGGGCUUACCACAAUUCCUGUGGGGAGAGGCUGUGCUGCAUGUGAUUUAUCUGAAAAAUCGGAUGUCAACGAAGGCACUGAAUGGUCGCACACCAUACGAAGCUGUGACAGGUGACUUACCGGAUCUGUCUGGUAUUCCUGAGUGGGGUGCACACAUCUGGAUCCACGAUACAGCUACAGGGAAGAUGGGCGAGCAUGCAAAACCUGGUCAUUGGGUCAGUUUCGAUAUGCAGAGCAAAGGCCAUUGGGUGUAUUGGCCCGACAAGCGCUCCAUCACAGUUGAGCGCAAUGUGCAGUUUGGGGAACCACAUGCUGUGUCGCCAAACUCAGAUGACGGCCUCGAGCUUGAGGGAGAGGAACCUGCUGGUGACAAGCCCAAAGCUGAACUGUCCAUCAGUGCGCCCGACCUGCCCGUUAGUGCACCCGAGCCUGCAUCAAAUGUGCUCGUGCCGUCCAAUGUGCCCGCUAAGCCUGCAUCGCACUAG